AUGGUGAAGAGGCUGGUUGAGCAAAGGAAAGGGAGCAAGAGGACCCUAACCCAAGGAGUCAAUCAGCAGAAGCCCAGAGGAGACAGAGCCUUGCUCCCUGCAGGGCCUGGGGGCCAGGAUGGGGAGCAGUUCAGCAGGGAGGAGGGGGAGGCAGCCGAGGUGGAUGUGGUGGAGCUCCAGGAGUGGAACAAGGAGUGCCCCAGCGGCACGCCCUUCAUGCACGAGUAGCGCUUCUUCAAGGUCACAGGCAAUGAGGCCACCCAGUACGUAGAGGGCACGUUUCGAGCCUUCGACAAGAACAGGGACGACACCAUCGACUUCCUCUAGUAUGGGGCAGCCCUGAACGUGGUGUUGGGCACCCUGGAGCACCUGAAGUGGACCUUCGAGAUCUACAACAAGGACCGCAACGGCUGCAUCGACCGCCUGGAGCUGCUCGACAUCGUAGAAAUCAUUUACAAGCUGAAGAAAACCUGCAGGGUGGAGGUGGAGGCGGAGAAGAGCCGAGCCAGUAACAGGGGCAGGGGUGGGGCAGAGGUGGUGGCCUGCACCUUAGCACCCCCGCUUCCUGGCCCUGUGACCUUGGGCAAAGCCCUCUUCCUCUCAACACCUGGUGUCCUCAUCUGUAAGCUGGGUUCAGAGAGGACACCACGAAAUAACAAAGGAUGUCACUAG